AUGGGGCCUCCAAGGAAACAGUAUCUCACAUUCCGAACACCACGAAUCAGACGAUCACUGAUUGACACGCCCAGGACUCCUACCCCAUUCAAGGACGCCCUCGCUGCCAUCGAGAAAGCAGGUGGACCGAUCAGGAAAAUGCCUCAUACCCCAAACCAGCUUUCCGAUAUCUCAGAGAUCAUCGCGAGAGACGAGAGAGAGGGACAGAAUAAAAAAGCAGUCAAUAAUUUGAAGCGUUCCAUCCUCCAGAAGGCUGAAUCAGUAUCGCCCAUGAAGAAAGUCAGAAAGUCACUGUCCAGCUGCUUACAAAGGGAAAAAGAGAAUGGGUCUGGAAACCAGACUAGGCAGGAGCCAGAUGAGAGUAUCCUGGCGUCAAGUCUACUAUUGUCGCCCCCAAUUGGUAGUAAAGUGCAAGGGUCAAUCCUCGGCGGUGAGAUGAGUAUAAAAGCUCUCAACGAAGCCUUCAGCAUGCCUUCCACCCCAUCCCCUGUCGCUCCGAAGAGGUCAAAGGUCAAAGCUGAACCUGCCAACAAGCCGCUAGUUCAAGCCAAGGCGUGUCCAAACAAAGAAUGGUGGCAGAUCACUCUCGGUCAGACUCGGGACCAACAGUUCAUGAGCGGUCAAGCGCGACGGAUGAUUCUACGAGAACGUGUCCCUAGGUCACUCGUACUUUAAGCUGAAAAAUGGCAUAUCAGGUCAUUCCUUUGUUUUACACAUUUGCAGUUCCAAAGGAGCAUAAACAUUGUAUUUUCAUCUGACUUCCGAUUUUUUCCCCCCUGCAGUAAUUCCAUUUGGGAAGCUGUUUGAAGUAAGAAUGCAUUGAAGUGCUCUGAAGGGACUAUACAAUAGAUAUUUCAGAUGAUUUCUUCUCUCACAAUUGAAUAGUCAUUCACCUGAAUGCCUAAAAGUAGCUUUAAAAACUGGUCUGAACCAAUGACUUAUGCAGAUUUCAUUUGCGGAUUGUGCUAAAUUUGGCGUGUAUAUUGAUAAAGCGUCCAAUAUGGUUCUUGAAGUGACGCCAGAACGCGACUAUUUUGUGUUGCUGAUUUUUUUUUUUAAAUAGAAAUAUACAGAACGCAGUUGAGAGCUUGUUUUAUCAUUCUGGACAACGAAAUGUUCAAAUUGAAAUGCUUUUACGCUUCGUAUCUGAACAUGCCCCCAAGAAUUAGGAGUGCGCAUUUUUAUUUAAUCAUAUUAUACUUCAAAAUACAACACUUCAAUUUAAAUGCUUUAUCGCUUCAUAACAUGUAUCCGAACAUGCCUUGGCAAAUGUUGGAAGUAUGUUUGCUCGUAGCUUUCAAGUUUAAAGGUAAAUGAAAGUAAUGUAUAUCUUUGUAUAUCUUGUAUCUUGAGAUUGCAGAAUUUGAUAUAUUUCUGGCAUGCCUCUAUUAUGAAACUAUGUAAAUAUAGUGUAUUUCAUACCAGGCAGGAUGUUGUACUAGGAAGUCACUUAGCAUAAAUGGAAUCUGAAGCGAUCUCUCCAAAAUGGGACCAUAUCCCAUUUUGCCAUUUUCAUAAAAAUGUGCCAUAAUUCGUUAUAUUAAUAUUUUCAAAAAUAUGAUUUUUAUUUCCAAGAUAAUUUUUCCAAAUGAGCAAGUGGGAAAUGUUCUCUUAUUUUUCAUUUUUCUUUUUUAUCAAAGCGAUUUGAGCUCUUGAUGUUUCGUCCAGAAUAAAUAGAUAUGAUCUGUUUUUUAAUUUUCUUGACAAACGGUCAUCUGAGAUCGCCUACGUGCAAAACCACAUUCAUUAUGUUAGUAAAAUAAUCACUAUUGAUCAGUUUCUAACUAUGAUACAAUAACUUUGAUACAACAAUACAUGUAAUAUAUAAAAAAGUACAAGUAAAAACAUUUUUUUGAUUAUCAAAUAAUAUUUAUUUAUUUGUCAUAGACAGAUGUAACAUGAUUAUAAACAUACAUAAAAAAUAAUGAAACUCUUCAAUCCCUUAUAGACAAAUAGUUAUUUCACAUAACUGUAUAAAUACGUUUUAAUACUGUAAAUCAACGGUGGUUUCUUUCAUAUCAAUAAUACACAAACAACCAUUAAAUAUAAACUAAAUCUGCCAAGCACAUAUGUUGUUAAGUUUGCAGCUCUCACGAAAAUUCAAUACAUGUAUUAGUACUCUAAUAAUAUCAAUAUGAACUAUAUGAAUUUAGUGCAACUAAUCAUUCUAAUAAUUAACAAAAUAAAUGCACUUAAGAAAAUUUGAACAAUAAUGUAUAAUUAUGUUUUGUGUUCUAUUUAAUUGGUGAUUUGUGCAGUGUUAGAAUAGAGUCAUAAAUCAGGAAAGAAAAACAAAAUAUAGAUACAAAGUGAAGAUUUUACGUGUGUAUUUCAAUGAUGAAACAUUUUCACUAAAAGUGGAGAGCCUGAAUCACUACAAAAAAAAAUGAUUUGAAAAUUUAUGUUAAUGAGAUUCUAGCAUCAAAAGUACUUGAUGAUAGAGUAGCAACUAAGAAACAAAUAGUAAAAGAAUUUGACAAAUACAGAUAGAAGGAGAAAGUUGAUCUGGAUGGUAUGAAAAGGUAAGAAUAAUAAUGGUAUAUCAUGCUAACCAAGAUUUUGUACAGACAAUGUUGUGUAUAUACCCAACUUUUGUAUAAAUGGCUUAAUUUAUAUAAUUAUUAGUAACUGUAAUCGAGUGGACUUUGCUUUUAAGUCUACAUGAAUUUCCAAAUUCAAGAAUAGUUGGCUAGACCGCUUCCAUGACAUUUUAUCCGGCGACAUUGCUCCACUGCAGAUUCCACACAUUAAUGGAAUGACCAACUUCAAGCCUGGAUUGAACACUAUACCCUAUCCUAAACCUAACCCUCCUAUAAAACCCUAUCUCUAUGUCUUAGACGAAAUAAAGUCUGGAGCAAUUGUCGCUGGAGCAAAAGUGGCGUUACCGGCUAAACCUACAUGUACAUGCUGUGUUAGAUAAUAAUCUUAUAUAAAAUCUUUUAUUAGCAGUUGGUUAUUUUUUAUAUUUUUUUUUCUCUUGGUUUAAUGUUUUGUUGUGUAUAUGAUGUAAAUAUUGUAACUGCAGAUUAUCUUUAUCAGUGCUAUUUUUGGGUUAUGAAUGUAUUUAGUUUAUAGAUCUUAAUUUUACUUUGCUUUUGUUGUGUAUGUACAUGUAUGCAUUCCAAAGAAGUGGGGACGGGCGACCAGUCUAGUUCAAAAAUCUUAAAAGAUGAUACAUUCUUGUAUCCCCAAACAUCCUAAAACAAACAUUGAUUUGCAGGUAUUUAGGAAACUAUUCUGCUUACAUUUCAUUUUGUUCAACUUGUACACAAAUGUUUAAGGACAAAAACAUUAGCAUAAGUUUCGAUUUUGUUAUACAAUCAUUUGCAAUAUCAAUUCUCAUCUACAAUCACCAGUUUUGCCUUUUGAUAGGAUUACAAAUUUGAUAGUGUAUUUGUAGCAUAUAUGCUAUAUAUUUCAUAUUGUAAGUGAUAUGAAACCAAUUUUUGAAUGAUUUGGUUUGUCUAGUCUACACAGAACAUGAAACUAAUCUAAUCUCUUAAUAAAUCGUCUGUGUCAAUAUGUCAUAUUUCCACUUUUGUUUGUAAUCUCCAUUUGCCGAUAAUGACAUCUGUAGUUUUGAGUUUGAAAUUGGAAUGGCAAAAUAAUACCCAUAGCACUGUUGAAUAUUCUGUUUAAUUGAAAAAUAGGUCCCAUUACCAGGUAUUACGUUAGCUGUGUUUAAUUUUUCUUUUGUUUUCUGUCUUUUAUGCCAUGUCAGUAGACAAAAAUCUAUUGUUUUGGGGGGGUUGGAAAAUGUGAAUAUCUAGAUUAUGCUACCUUCAUGAUCAAAAGUUUAAGCCUUUUGAAUAUCACUUUGUUCAGAUAGUAGGGAUUCUUGUGUUACAUAAUGAGAAUGUCUUCGGGGACGCUAAAUGCUACAACACGUUUCAACAGGAUGAAACCACCAAUCAACCAAGCCAAUUUCCCUUCCACACGUGAGGCAAAGAUCCUCUACUCUGGCUGCUGCCUUUUCGUGGAGUCCUUUUGACAAAAUAACGUUAGGUUCAGUGAAGAAAAUAGACAUUGGAGCCCUUGUCUAUAUUGUGUGAGGGAAAAUUGCGCUUCAUACAUUAUGUGAAAUUGAUAAAAAAAACCUAUACAUGUAUGUAUUUUGUGUGUAUGAUGUGAACAAAUACAUUGCAGUAACUUUA